UUCGGAGCAGAGGCAGGAAGUGUCUGGGAAACAGCCAGCAUUAAAUAACGACAGUUAAAUGUUACAUCUAGGGAUUUCCCUGGGGGAGCCCUGAAAACGGCGUUUUUGGCUUUCUUCUCGUUGCAGAGUGAAAUGGUCUCCUUCUGGGGCUACCCCAGCGAGGAGUAUAACGUGGUGACAGAGGAUGGCUACAUCCUUCAGCUGAACAGGAUUCCUCAUGGGAGAGCGAACGCCGGCUGCCAAGGUGCGAGACCUGUGGCACUCCUGCAGCAUGGUCUCCUGGCAGAAGGCAGCUCCUGGAUCACCAACUUGGCCAACAGCAGCCUGGGCUUCAUCCUCGCAGAUGCUGGCUAUGACGUCUGGAUAGGAAACAGCAGAGGGAACACCUGGUCCAGGAGACACCUGGCCCUGUCUCCCAAACGGGAUGAAUUCUGGGCUUUCAGCUUCGAUGAGAUGGCUAAGUACGAUCUCCCAGCCAUGAUCAGCUUCAUCGAGCAGAAAACAGGACAGAAACAGCUGUAUUAUAUCGGCCAUUCCCAAGGCACCACCAUAGGUUUUAUAGCCUUUUCCACUAUGCCCCAGCUGGCUCAGAAAAUCAAGGUGUUCUUGGCUCUGGCACCCGUGACCACGGUGAUAUUUGCUCAGAGCCCGUUCAGAAAGCUCGCCUUCUUUUCCGACUACGGGCUUAAGGAGAUGUUCGGCACCAGGGAGUUCCUACCACACACUGCCCUGGGGCAGCUGCUCCUCUCCAGGUUCUGCAUCUGCUCAAAGGUCUGCAAGGGCAUCCUGGCUAUGAUUUUCGGGUUUAACUGGAAGAACACAAACAUGAGCCGAUUCGAUGUGUACGCGGGACACAGCCCGGCGGGGUCCUCAGUCCAGAACAUCAUCCACUGGCUGCAGGGAGUCCAUGGAGGGGCACUGAGAGCCUUUGACGGGGGGCACAUGUACAACAGCCUUCGCUACAGACAGGUGGGGCCGCCGCUCUACGACGUGAAGGACAUGGAGGUGCCGACAGCCAUCUGGAGCGCGGGGCUGGACUGCCUGGCCGACCCCCGGGACACCGCCCUCCUCCUCCCCCAGGUCAAGAACCUGGUCCACCACAAGCUGAUUCCCCAUUGGAACCACAUGGAUUUUGUGCUGGGCCUCGAUGCCACCGAGGUUCUGUACCAGGAAAUCCUUGACAUCAUGAAGAAGCAUCUGUGAAGAUGCUGGUUUGAUUCGAUAACUUUUUUUUUUUUUGCUGGUUUAUCUCAUAAGAUUAAGUGCUGUCUCUGGUGGUAUUUGAAAUUUCUCUCUAUUUGGAACACCUGAAUAUAGUUGAUUAAAAUAUUCUGCUUUUAACUGGAGCAGUGACAGGGUGGGGCGUUAGGGACUGAGUCCGGAGAGCUGGCCGGAUAAAGGACACGUACACCGAUACGAUUAAGCAUUGUUCUCCCCUUAUUGUUCAACUAUGCCAACUUAUAGUUACUUUUGCAAAGAUUCACGCCCAGUCCCUCUAGAUGGCCUCUAAUCAGAGGGGGAGCCGGGCA